AUGCCUCACUCCACUACCUCCACCACUGCCCUUCCUCUCAGUAGUGCUCGAAGCGCAGAUGACGCUCCUCACGGACUCGUUUCUGCUGCCUUCCUGCCUGGCGAGUGUCACGUGUGCGUGCGUAUACUCGCUCGCGCUUGCGCCUCGAAAUCGGUCAAUCGAUCGAUAGGGCCUCUCCCGCCCUUGCCCACCGCCUUCCUCCGCCUGCUCCAGCUCUCGCUCACGCGUUCUCGAGUUGCAUGGAUGGAUGCCCGCCUCACCACUACUGAUGCCUGGUGCCUGGAAUGUACUCUUAUCCAUCACGAGCACUCCUCUAUUGCAAGAACCAAUAAUGGGGAGUCGUACACGCGUGAGGCCGCUUCCAUCCCCGCCGCCGCCGUCUCCUCCUCCAGUCCCAUCCCCACCGCCACACCGCACUCGCCACGCGCACAAAGAAUCCCUGGCAUGAACGCACUACCGCACGUAUAUGUGCGUAUGUGCGUGGGCAGGUUCACGUACGAUCACCGCUCACACCGUCAUGCCUCGGCCUUCUCCCUUCCACUGGAGGGGGCGGGCACGUCCCUCUCUCUUUCGCUCAUUCUCUGGCUCCCAAUUCACGAUCGAUACAGGGCCUCUUCUUCUUACGUCUCCUCAUCCUCCUCCUGCGCCUCCUCUGCUUGCUCAGUUGCGCGCGCAGCAGUGCUUGCGUUCGAGCUGGAGGCACGCGCGGCCAAUGCAGAUCGCCAGGGGGUUUACCUCUGCGUGGUCUACGUUGUGUAUAGGCGGCGUUCACUUGAUUAA